AUGCUCAAACCUCAGAGUAGUAUAUCUUCAUUUACUAUACAGCAAUAUCCCUCAUCCCCUGAGGGAUCAUUGGCGCACACAUUUAGAUGCGAAACCAGAAUCGCCAAUAUCAGCUAUCAGAUUAGGUCUCUGUCAAACUUCGUCUCUGCAUCCAAAGAUCUACUGGACUUUGCAACUCUCGCUUCGAACUUUUCAAUAUAUCAGAACCAGUUGGCUCGAAAAACUCUCGAGUCCGCUGGGAUUGUUUUAUUUCUAUGGGCAUCAUGUCCAGCUAAACUUACAGACCACAAAGCUUCUUACAUAGAACUUCUAAGAAUGCUUCGAGCCAACCAAGGCCACGUAGAUACCGAAUCACAAAGGCGUGUACGAGUGUUGUUGAUGCCUUUGACAUCGCACUUCUCCACAUCGCCGUCACCGCCGCCCUCGAUCCCCCCCAGACUUCUGGUAACGGGUCGCAACCCUCCUAGCACUGACUCUUCUGUCUCCAACUCUCAAGAAAUUGAGUCUACAUUACAAUCGCAAGAUGAUUCGUCAUCCUCUAUGCUCCCGCCCAACGAAAUUCGGCAAGUGGAACCACCGAAUAGAUCUCCGGUGGCUCCACGUCAUCGGAGGCUAUGGGAUAGCCGUGAACUAUCUUAUGCCUCCGUGGGUCCAAGGCAUCGUAGUCGUAGUCGUAGUCCUCACCGCUUUCAGCAGCAAAGCGCGGAUGAAAAGCUAGAGCAAGAAAAUGUCGCUCCGGAGACCACAAUUGCAUUCCGCCAAGCUCCGAGGACUCAAAGGUUCGGUAUAUUCCUUACCGGACGGUCCUCAAUGCUGGGGAACUACAAUCGUACCGAUCGGAACUCGAGCUUACCUGCUCAUUAG